GGGCCAUAUACUGCACUGGCCUAGGCAGCCACCCUACCCCGCUGGUCCCUGCCCCGGAAAAACGGCGAAGGGUAGGCCAGGCUCCCGCGCAGGAGGAAAAGUCCCAGGGAAUGGUCGGGGAGAGCCCCAGCAGGAAAUUCCCGUUGGCGUAUGCUCUUGAGCCGGGGCCCGCCCCGCCCAGCGCUGCCUGGCCCUCCCCAGCCUCCUCCCUUCGGCUUUGCCUAGUCCUGGCCCCAACUUCCUACACUCUGCUUAAAAGCAUCUUGAACUCCCGGGCCCCCGCCCCUCCUCUGAGCCCCCCAGGAGCUCCCUCCUCCGGCCGCAGCUCAAGGCCAGCGGGGCUCCAGUCUGCCCCGCAACCCCGCUCCUUGGCAUCCUCAUUCAGCCUUUAGGCCUGGGACCCCCGACCCUCCAGCGGACACUGACCCAGCUGCCAGCCCGGAGCCCCCCGAAGGCCUCCCGCGGACCCUGAGCCCGCCUCCCUGCAAGGACUUCUCCUACCGGAGCCUCGGGGGGACCUGAGCCGGGCUUCCUGCAAAGACCUUCCUCCCAGAGCCUCUGCCUGGCCCCCCGCGGACCCUGAGGCCGGCUCCCGGGACGGACCCUGAGCGCGGAGCCCCGCGCCCCUGCUUGGUCCGGCUCCCUGCCAGGACUCUCCUCCUCCCGGAGCCUCCGCUUGGCCUCUUGCCGGGAUUCCGGGCCCAGAGCUUCUUCCCGGCCUCCCGCUGAGGCUGAGCCCGCCCCCCUGCAGGGACUGUCAGCCCGGAGCGGUCUCUUGGCCUCCAGGGGACUCCGGGGCCCGGGCCUCUCCUGAGCUCCGAGCUCAGGCCGGCUCCCUGCCGCCAUGUCUUCCCUCCGCACGGAAGAUGCCGGGGCCAGGCCCGGGGCCGGCACGGAGGGCUCCCGGGCCGGGCCAGGCGGCGGGGAGGCGCCCCCGGCCGAGCAGCUGGAGGAGGCGGUGGAGCGGCUGCAGCGCGAGAACCGGAGGCUCCGGGAGCAGGCUCCGCGUGCAGCCGCGCUCUGCGGCCUCUACCACGAGGCCGUGCAGCAGCUGAGCUUCCUGCGGGGCCAGCUGGCCUCCCGAGACGCCCUGGUGGCGCGCCUGCGGGCCAGUCUGGCCGCUUACGAGAGCUCCGGGCCCGGCCUGGGGCCCGGCCCCGGGCCCGCGCCGUCCCUCGUGGACGGGCUGGUGGAGCAGGUGGGCCGCCUCAAGGAGCAGCUCCGUGAGCAGGAGAGCAGCGCUCGCGCCCGGGAGGACGGACUGGGACAGGAAGUUCAGAAACUGAAUCAGCAGCUGGAAGAGAAAGAGAGGGAACUGCAGCGGCUGCUGAGGGAGCCCCAGCAUGAACGCGAGCGCGAAAUCCUGCUGCUGCAGAGGAGCUUGGCGGAGAAGGAGAAGGCUCAGGCUACCAGCGAGGUGCUCUGCCGGUCCUUGACCGACGAGACCCAUCAGCUGCGGAGGACUCUGGCCGCCACCGCCGAGAUGUGUCAGCACCUCGUCAAAUGUCUGGACGAGAAGCAGAGAUCUGGAGGGCACAGGGAGGAGAAACCCACCUUGGAAAGAUCAAAUAAGCUACAAUUUCCUGAAGGUGACAUCUCAGUUCACACCAUUAUUUGUAAAUUACAGGAAGAAAAUAGGCUCCUGAAACAAAAAGUGGUUCAUGUAGAAGAUCUGAAUGCUAAGUGGCAGAAGUAUGACGCUAGUAGGGAUGAGUAUGUGAAGGGUCUCCAUCUGCAGCUGAAGGAACUGAAAGUCCUCCCUGAGCAGGGUUUGCCCAUGAGCCCAGAGCUCAUGCAGAAGGAGAUUUUCCGGCUAAACAAACUUUUGGAAGAAAAAAUGGCCGACUGCCUGAAAGUAAAACGGGAGCUGGAAGAUAUGAAGAAGACAAAAGAUGGAGACAGUGAGCGGAUACAGAUGUUGGAGCAGCAGGUGCUCGUUUACAAGGAUGAUUUUACAUCAGAAAGAGCUGAUCGGGAGCGGGCACAAAGCAAGAUACAAGAACUUAAGGAAAAAGUUGCCACCCUGCAGCACCAGAUAUCCAGGAGACAGGAGUUGAGAGAGACAACAGGCCACUGUAGGAUUUACACGGGUCACAAAAACCACACCCAACGCCUAGAGACAGACGCUGCAGAGGCCUUCCUCAGGACAGAGCCACCAAGCACAAGGAGGUCUACCCCACAGGCUGAACAGCUUGAGCUUCAAGCAGACAGAGGAAUCUCUAGCCCUGACCUGAGAGGUCAAGGUCAAGGGGAGCUUCACUGCCCUCACUGCAUGAGGUUCUUUCAUGAUGAGGAGGGUGAGGAAUUUCUUAGGCACGUGUCUGAAUGCUGUCAGUGACCAAAUCACCUGAAGAAGUGGGGCAAAAGGCACCAGUACCAGGAUGAACCAGCUGCAGAAACUCUCCAGUCACUCAACUGGGCAGUCUGGUCCCUAAAGGAGUAUGAUUCACUAAAGAUGUGGGAACAAAAAUGGGAGAACUGAUCUGCCAGUGGACAGUCGGUCAUCCAGAGGGUGGAUCUCCUUUGGAUCUCAUUUGAGUUCUGUCACAUUCCAACUCAAAGCCUACUGCCUAGCAGACUGGAGUGGAGAAGAGGAAUCAGCUGUCAGGUCUCACCAGAAAGGGUGGGAUGGCAGUAUGCAGGUGACCAGGUGCCUGGUAACCAACUGCGUAAGGUUCCAUCCCUUCAAGGAUGCGUUGGGAAGAAUAAACCACAAAGUUAUCUUUCUGUUGAAGAAAGCACUAAUUUCUAAUAGUCAGAAUUCUGACUGAGUCAUUUACACCUGCUUUCAGUUCAGUUAAAGAUGGUCCAAACUCUUAUUCGGCUUGGACAACUGAGGUGUAGAGAUGACUGGUGUGGGACAGUUUGAGUCAAACUUGCCCAUCUUUGGGAGGAACAAGCAUUCCUGGGUGUUCUUCCCAAUGGUCUCAGAGGGGAGCACAUGGGUCCUGGUCUAUCAGAUAUAUGACAAGACCCUCACUGAUGCUAUGCCAGAGUCUUCACAUGCUACAGUGUGUCAGAAGACCCAAAUUUGGCUCAAGAAGUGGGCUCUGAAUAUCAUGGCCCUAUCUUUCUUAUGUGAUGGGCAGGGAGUAGGUUUCUGGAAGCAGCAAUCCCUUUCUGUUUUUGCACUGAUGUACCUUGUAUUGGCAAGUUGCAAUUUUUCCCUUAGGGAUUCAGAAAUUUAUAUG